AAGAGCUAAAAAAAAAAAAACAGAAAAAAGAAAAAAAAACAUAAUCAAAGCAUUUCCAAAGCACGUUGCCACUUCAAGUCCUCAUUCUUCAACAUAUCUCUCUCUCGUUAAACUAUUUAAUUUUAAUUAGUUGUUAUUAAUAAAGCAAAAUCCAAAAACUCCCCCACCAACUAAAGAGCAAACAAAAAGGCUCUCUCCCUCUCUCUCUUCCCCCGAAAUAAAAACCGAACUUUUUUUUUCUCUCUCAAAAAGCUUCACACGCAAAAGAAUCCAUACCAAGUGUCCUUGUUUUCCAUGUUUCCUUAUCACUACAAGUUUUUAUUUUUUAAGUAUUAUACUUGUUAUUCGCUUCUGGAUUUUGGGUUUUGGAGGUUUUCCUUCUUGCGGUUGUCUCCAUUCAUGGUUGUUCAACUGCUGUCUACAUACAUACAACUCUGUCACUAGGAAAAAAGAAGAAAGUUUUAGUCUUAAUGUUACUGCUAUUAUUAUUUUAAUAGAGUAUUUUUGACUUCUCUGUCUGUGUAUAUACUUGGGGAGGCUCUUUUAGCAAAUGGGCAUUCGUUGAAUCUCUUCACUCAUGGAUCUAGAGACUGGUGUUUACAAAAACUAUGUUAAGAAGGAAUCAUGGAGAACAGUAUUGACUUUGGCAUACCAAAGCCUUGGAGUUGUCUAUGGGGAUUUAAGCACUUCUCCUUUAUAUGUUUUCAAAAGCAUAUUUGAGGAAGAUAUUCAACACUCCGAGACAAAUGAAGAAAUCUAUGGGGUUUUGUCUUUUGUUUUCUGGACUCUCACUUUGGUUCCUUUGCUCAAAUAUGUGUUUAUAGUGCUUAGAGCUGAUGAUAAUGGUGAAGGAGGGACUUUUGCCUUGUAUUCAUUGCUGUGUCGACACGCCCGAGUCAACUCAUUGCCCAAUUGCCAAUUAGCAGAUGAAGAGCUGAUUGAGUACAAGAAGGAUAGUAUUGGUUUGGCACCAAAAUCAAGUUUUGGGUCAAGGUUGAAAUCCACUUUAGAGAAGCAUAGGGUGCUGCAAAGGUUCUUGCUUGUUCUUGCUUUGAUUGGGACCUGUAUGGUGAUUGGUGACGGCAUCCUCACGCCAGCUAUUUCAGUUUUCUCGGCGGUGUCAGGGUUGGAGCUUUCGAUGUCAAAAGAGCAUCACAAAUAUGUAGAGGUUCCGGUCACCUGCAUCAUACUGAUAGGUUUGUUUGCCCUUCAACAUUAUGGCACACACAGGGUUGGAUUUUUGUUUGCACCUGUGGUUCUAAUAUGGCUUCUAUGCAUCAGUGCCAUUGGGUUAUAUAAUGUUAUUCACUGGAAUCCUCAUGUGUAUCAUGCACUCUCUCCAUAUUACAUGUACAAAUUUUUUAGGAAAACACAGAGAGGAGUUUGGAUGUCCCUAGGUGGUAUUUUAUUGUGUAUAACAGGCUCAGAAGCUAUGUUUGCUGAUCUUGGGCAUUUUUCACAAUUGUCAAUAAAGAUUGCUUUCACCUCUUUGGUUUAUCCAUCCUUGAUUCUUGCAUACAUGGGGCAAGCUGCCUAUCUAUCUCAGCAUCAUAUUAUCAAAAGUGAUUACAGAAUUGGAUUUUAUGUAUCUGUACCAGAGGAGUUAAGAUGGCCGGUUCUGGUUAUAGCCAUACUUGCUGCAGUAGUUGGAAGCCAAGCUAUCAUAACUGGAACGUUCUCAAUCAUCAAACAGUGUACUUCUCUUGGCUGCUUCCCAAGAGUCAAAAUAGUCCACACGUCAUCCAAAAUCCAUGGUCAGAUCUACAUUCCAGAGAUUAACUGGCUCCUGAUGGUAUUAUGCUUGGCAGUUACUGUUGGCUUUAGAGACACAAGGCGCAUGGGUAAUGCAUCAGGCUUGGCUGUUAUAACUGUAAUGCUGGUCACCACUUGCCUGAUGUCUUUGGUAAUUGUGUUGUGCUGGCAAAAGAGUGUGUUCCUCGCAAUAGGCUUUGUUUUCUUUUUUGGUACAAUUGAAGCACUGUACUUCACAGCUUCCCUCAUCAAGUUUCUUGAAGGUGCCUGGGUUCCAAUUGCCCUUGCAUUUAUCUUCCUGAUAAUCAUGUGUGUUUGGCACUAUGGCACACUGAAAAAAUACGAGUUUGAUGUUCAAAACAAGGUCUCUAUCAACUGGUUACUUAGCUUGGGACCCAGUCUAGGCAUAGUACGGGUUCGUGGGAUUGGACUUAUACACACAGAGCUUGUAUCUGGAAUCCCUGCAAUCUUCUCCCACUUUGUCACUAAUCUUCCAGCCUUCCACCAGGUCCUAGUCUUUCUUUGCAUCAAAUCUGUCCCAGUUCCUCAUGUUAGACCUGAGGAGCGGUUUCUGGUGGGUCAUAUUGGCCCUAGGGAAUUCAGGCUCUAUAGGUGCAUUGUACGAUAUGGGUAUCGCGAUGUUCAUAAAGAUGACAUGGAGUUUGAGAAAGAUCUUGUUUGCAGCAUUGCAGAGUUUAUACGCUCGGGAAGUGUUGCUCCUGGCAAUGUUAAUGAAGAUCUGGUGAAGGAUGACGAUAAAAUGACGGUUGUUGGAACAUGUUCUAGCCAUACAGAAGGGAUUCAAAUGAGUGAGGAUGAAUAUGAUGCAGACAACAAAGAGGCAGCUGGACCAUCAGAGUUGAAGGAGAUAAGGUCACCUGUAGUUAAACCAAGAAAAAGAGUACGGUUUAUUGUACCGGAGAGCCAACAGAUAAACUCUGGAGCAAGGGAAGAGUUACGGGAACUUUUGGAAGCAAGGGAAGCUGGGACAUCUUACAUACUAGGGCACUCAUAUGUUAAAGCCAAGCAAGGAUCUAGCCUGAUAAAAAAACUUGUAAUUAACAUCGGGUAUGAAUUCUUGAGAAGAAACAGCAGACCGCCUACCUAUGCACUAAGCGUACCCCAUGCGUCUACUUUGGAGGUGGGGAUGAUAUACCAUGUUUAAUCUUUUCUUUUUUAUCUUUUUUUUUUUUAUGGAAUGCCUUUUGGUGAUAUAGAAAUAGUAUAAAUGUAUCAUGUACAUGUUUACAAUGGUGUGCGAUAGAUGGAAAGCCACCAUGGUUAGCGGUGAAUGAAAGAACUACCUAUCAAUUUUGGUUAA